AUGAUUUGUACUUUGGAAGAAGGAAAGGGCAAGGUUGUACCCAUUAUCAAUCUAACAUUGUUGAGUGAGGAGAAGAAGAAGAGGAAGGUGGAUGUGAAGGAGAAGGAGAAGGAGAAGGAGGAGGGGGUGGAUGUAGGAUUGAAUACUGCUGACAAUGUCCACAACUUGGUGGCAAAUCUCUCCAUCAGUGAGUGGGUUGAGGAAUGUGCAUCUUUGUUGUGA